AAACACAUAAACGGUAGCCAAAGUUUCCACCCAAUCGCCAUUGCAAAACUCAGCAUAGAAGAAUGUCUGCCACCGUGUACCCUCCCAGUAUGUGGACUGAUGAAGCAAUUCAUUCAUUUACAGACGAUCAGCCCCUUGAAGACCACAAACAAAUGGAGGCAUUGAUAGAAGAGAUCAAAAUCAUGUUUCAGGCUAUGGAGAAUGGGAAAAUAAGCCCAUCUGCAUAUGACACUGCAUGGAUAGCCAGAAUACCAUCCAUUGACAACCCUUACCAACCUCAAUUUCCACAAACACUGAAGUGGAUUGUCUUGAAUCAAUUAACAGAUGGAUCUUGGGGAGGAGAUUCAUGUUAUUUACCACAUGAUAGGCUUCUUGUUACUCUUUCAUGUGUCAUUGCACUUAGAAUAUGGAAGGUGGAGGGAACUAAAGUGCAGAAGGGUUAA